UCAUCUGUCAUUGUUCAGAGGAGAAAAAUAAAAUAAAAUCAAAGUUUCUUAGCAGUCCUCGGAACGAAACAAUGUCAGCUUUAAUAAAAAGUCUAAAUAUCGUCAAUAGGAUAAAUAAAAAUCCAGCAGCGGUUUACACGCUCGUACGAAAUGCUGGCGGAUGGAACAAAGAUUUCAAGCCAGCUCCAUAUCCGGAAACGGAGGAAGAACGUCGAGCAGCUGCUAAAAAGUACGGUUUAUUACCCGAAGAAUAUAAGCCGUAUCCACCCGAUUUGCCAUACGGUGACUAUCCGCAUUUAGAAGACAAGCCCAUUGAACAAAAAGAUGUCUAUUAUCCAUACGAUCAUCCCGAAUACCGCAGAAACUUUCAAGAACCAGUUCAUGCCGAAAUUGAUUUCUACGAUGAAACACGCGCUGGUUUGCCAGGACCGCUCCGUGUGCCAAUCUGGGAGAUGUGGCUUUGGUUCCUUGGAUGCAUUGGUGGCACGUUGGCUUUGUAUUGGUGGCUAGAAGACAAGAAAAUGUUCCGACCAGCGAUGCCCAAGCAACUCCCAAGAGAUAGUGGCAAAAAUUACGGCGGUAAACACUAUACUUUCGAACCGGCCCGAUAAUCUGGGCAGGAUUUACAGAAAUUUUGCACCACGCUGGUUUAGAGAUAUAACCAACUGUUAACUGUCUUAAAUUAAGUGGAAUAUUGAAUAAAAAGAAAGCACAUUGUAAAAAGUCAAA